AUGACGUCCAGAAACCAAGGCCGUGGUGCCGCCGACUCCCCGGAUCUUAUCGAUAUCUUAGCUUUAGAAGAGAUUACCUCAACCAGCGAAGACAAGCCGACACCGCGGGAGACUAACGACCACCGACUGGCUCAGGCAAUCAACUACCUGGAUGAAGAAGGAGGGCACGAUUCUCCUGCAACAUUUAUGGAUCAGGUUGAUCGCAUCGACAACUCUCUUCUCCUUCCACUUUCCCAACAAGGGCUCAACUUCGACAUCGAUCUCUUUAAUCGCGUACGUAAUAUGGUCCGUCAAACGCAGCUUGAUUUCGAUGAAGCUGCACAAGGAAGUCUGUCAGAAGAAAAUUCGUCAUCAACACUAAAUAGAGAAUCUUCUAUACCCGAGAGCGCAGAGGAACUACCAGGCUGCUGUACGCCAUCUGCAGCGGAAGCUCUUUACCGGAAUGGUGAAGGUCCGGAUGCGCCUCGUUUUAAACCCCAUAAGUCAAUACCUGCAACAAAGAACCCCGCAGCGGAGAAAGAAGAAGGCAUACAUAGCGAGCAUAUGCUCGAAUAUGGUGGUCCGAACGAUAAAGUCGAACGCUGGUACAAGAACUAUCCAACCUCGAUACCGUUCCCAGAGACAUUCCAGUUAGCACGUUGGGAGAGUCUCAAGAUUGACUACGAUCUUUCAGAAUCUGUCAAACCAAUGAAAGCGGAAGGCAAGGUUGUUGAGACUAAUGUUCCUUUUGAUCAUCCUACCCUUGAGCAGUACAAAAGCCUCUCACCAUAUGUGUCUGGAUCACGCUUCAAGCUUCCGAAACCUAGUGCAGCCGUUCAGAAAGAGAUCAAUCGUCUCGGAACGCCAAGAAGGCUGGCAGAGGUCGUAGAAACUCCUAAAAGAACCAACAAUGGAGUGAAGGAUGGGAAGUUCCAAUAUACUCCUCGAGCCUUUCUAGAGACGCUGACUGCGGGAGACCAAGUGGAUCCGACAACGAUCCGCCAUGCCGUGAACACGACACCCACCAAGUCUCGUACUGGUACCAUAAGUAGCAGUGUUCUGCGUGAUGUCUCGAAUACUACACAAAAGAACCCUCUUGUCAAGCCACCAACCAAGCCUAUUUCUAACCCUCCACCCUCAGCUACUUCACAAGCUUAUGAGAACGACAGCGUCCUUAUGAACGAGCCAUUAGACCUCGCAGACGAAAACACGUAUCCUGCGGCGCGGGCAACUCACGUUGUAUAUAAUAAUCUUUACAAAGCAAAAGAACACGCUCGCAGCUCGAAAAAGCACGCGAAUUUAGUACCGCCUGCAUCGAGCGCUCGAACCACGUCGCCCUUAGUUAGGAAGAUCAACCGUGAGCGCGCAACAUCGCUCGAGCGUAGCCCAAGACGCCAAAGCGGGAUCAGUACUGCACCUCCAAGUCCUGACACACCAACUAAGGAGACUGCUGUUCAACCACAGGUAGUCAUUGGAGAAUUUCCAGGUAGUCGCCCACCAAAGUCUCCUGCUCCUGUACUCUUCAAGUCGCAGCCUGUCCCUGCGCCGAUCAGCGUCAUCACACCUAGAAGCACCGCCAAGAAACCUACGAAGCGCAAACGCAAUAUCAGUGAACAAAAAUACACCCAUGAUCCCAAACGCUCGAAACCCAUGACGCCCCCUACAUCGAAAGUCACUAAGACUAGAGCAGUUACUAAGAAAGUGACCAAGAAAGCCGCUGCGACAGGCAAAGCAGUGGGUAAAGCGCAGACAAAAGUGGUAGUAGAGGAAAUUAUCCAUGAAGAGGAGCAUGCGCUCCAGAUCACCGAGAAGCAGAAGACAAAGCCUGGGGUAAAGUCUGGGAUGACGAGAAGUGGGCUGAGAUACCUCAAGGAGUGA